AUGGCCACAGUUGCGCGUGCAGACGGCUACAAUGGGACUCGACUUCCUUUGCGCGAGGCUCGUGGAAGACAGCAGGUGCCCAGCAGGUUACCGGACGAGCACGUGAAUCGCAAGGACAACACGCUGAACAUCGAGCACUUCAUCUCUGAGAAGCGCUCAGGCCUCGAUCACGGCGUGGUGACACCAAGGAAGCCAGAUAGUGACAAGCUGACGACCAACAGAGUUGUCAAGGAUCAGAGAAUCUUCUCCAACGGCAACUCCUAUGUUGGCACCUGGCUCAACGGCCGAAUGCAUGGCGAGGGCCACUACAUUUGGAGCGACGGCAGCGAGUAUUUCGGUGAGUUCCAUGAGGGCUACAUGUGGGGCAGCGGGAAGAAAACCUGGCCCACCGGCCGCACCUACGAUGGCGAGUGGCGCAAGGACCAGAUGUGGGGCGACGGAAAGAUGUCCUGGCCGUCUGGAGAGGAGUACAUCGGCAGCUUGAAGAAGGGCGUUUUCCAUGGCAAGGGAACUCGCACUUGGCCAAAUGGCGAUCGCUAUGCCGGCAACUUCAAGCAUGGGAUGCAGGAGGGCGAGGGCACCUUCGAAAGUGCAGAGGAGGGCUGGGUGUACAGCGGCCAGUGGCUCCAAAAUCGCAUGAAUGGUCGUGGAAAGGUGAAGUGGCCAAAUGGCAUCGAGUACGAUGGCGAGUGGAAGGAUGGCAUCCGAGAGGGCAAGGGCAAGCUGACCUGGGCUGAUGGCUCCUGUUACAAAGGAGACUUCCAGCACAACUGCAUAGAAGGCAAGGGCAAGAAAACCCUGCCAGACGGCUCUUGGUUCGAGGGGCAGUUCCACGACAGCGAGCUCGAGGGCCGCGGUACUUUCCACUGGCCUGACGGUACCGAAUUCGAAGGGCUUUGGCACAACAGCGAAAUUGUGGGACCCGGCUGUCACAGGUUCCCCAACGGCACCAGGAUCACGGGAGUCUUCGAAAACCAUGGAGCGACCGGGGAGGGCACGAAGAAGUGGGCGAAUGGCUGCAUGUACACAGGUACUCUGCUGAACAACAGCAUUCACAAGUACGGCGUGUUCCAGUGGCCCGACGGGCGGCGCUACAUCGGCCAGUUCCAGGAUGAGAUGAUGCACGGCGAGGGCAUGCUUUGCUGGACAGAUGACUUCGGUGUGUGCCGCUACAAGGGCUCCUUCGAGCACAACGUGUUUCAAGGUCACGGCGUGCUGGAGUGGUCCGUGAAGGCCAGAUACGUCGGAGAGUUCUUCAAUGGUUUGUACCAUGGUGAAGGCACCUUUGAGUGGCCAGACAAGGCGAACAUCUACCGUGGGCAGUGGCAAUUUGGGGAGAUGAGUGGUCAGGGAAGCCUCACAACAAGCUGCGGAUCCAUUUAUUCGGGCGAGUUCCACGCUGGCAACAUGGAGGGCCGUGGAACCAUCACUUUCAUCACCAACGACCAGUACACUGGUGAAUUCAAGGACUCUCUGUUCAAUGGCCUGGGCUGCUACACGUGGUCUUCCGGCGUGACCCUUACGGGAGUCUUUGAAAACAACGUUUGCAACAAGGUCGGGAAAAAGACAUACACCAACGGGCUCGUGUAUGUAGGCGAGCUCCUGGAAGAUCAGGAGCAUGGCCGCGGUGUCCUGACGGACCCAAGCGGAACCAGGGUGGUUGGUGUUUGGAACAAGGGAAGGCUCGAAGAGGAGCUGAUAGAAAUGAUUGUUUCCUCUGCAGAGGUGGAUCCUCGUGGUCCGUCCGAGCAGAGAGUCUUCGUGGCCACCAGGCGCCCAGAUGCGGUUCCACGAACGCACAGCCGGAAUAGGAAUGUGUGUGGUCUUCGGACAAUCCCGGUGGAGACCGAGAAAGAACGAAAUGCUCCACAUGUGUUGCCAGACGGCUCGGAGGAUUGCUUUAAGGACGUGGCUGCGCAGAUCGCCCACUUGGAGGGUUUGGAGAUGGGAUCUCCUCGGGAGCUUUUGCCCGGACACUGGACGCUGAUAGGAGACACUGCAGGCUCCCGUCCACCGACGCUGAUAGCUGCCUGCAUGGGAGCAUCUUUACAAGGUCGUGUGCUUCGUUCAGUCUGGCUGGACAUCUCUGAGGCGCUGGAGCUGGAAUGCCACGCUGUUCUGGGAGACGCAGAGGGCAAUGCCGAAACUUGGAACGGAAGGACAAAGCAGCCACUGCAGCUCGGCUUUUCCCCGGGAGCGCCGGUCUCGGUCACGGCAAGUACGGAAAGCCCCACCCGCGUGACCGUCAGCUAUGUGGAUGAAGAUUUCCUCGUGCUCCGGGAGGAUGAUCCUUUCCUUUUCCUAGAAGGAAAGCUUCAUCGUUUCUAUGUGAAGCGCGAGGUCUACCUUCGAACAAGCUCCAGGCAACGCUUUUGGCGUGGCUUCUCGGGGCUGCGAGACAUGCUGCCACAGGUCCCUCUAUGGCUGCUUUCUGGAUGCCGCGGCCUGGGUGCCUUUGGAUCAACGACGCACCCACCACAGUAUGGCGAGUAUCUCUUCGUCCCGAAGGUCGAGAGUUUCCAAAUAUCCUUCGAUUCAGAAUUUCUGCAAGAACCAGUGGCUGUGGUCCAGCUUGCGGAUCUGGAUGACCCGCGGCUGCUCUCUUCGCUGCUUCAGUACGUCACUUACCAAUACACCCCGGCACCCAGCAGAAAUUCCUCCGGCCUGGAGUUGCGAGCCUCAAUGUACACCAGCAUGUUGUACAGUGGCUUGUUCUGGCCUGCCUCUUUCUUGGCAGCACGUGCAGUUCUUCGGGCAAUAGAUCGAAGGAGGGCUGCCGGCCAAGCAACCAGAGACUUGCAUGUCGUGGAAUUGGCAAGCGGAACGGGCCUUCCCUCCCUUGCCGCCCAUCGCUGCUCGGCUCGUGUCACGUGCACGGAUGUCUCCCUGCUGGCACACCAACUGGUCCUCACUGCGGCGGGCAUGCAGUCCGGUGGCGAGAUUUCAACGCGGGUCUUCGACAUCUUUCUGGACUCUCCGGAGAGGCUCCUCGAAAUGAAGCCUGACAUCGUUGUGGCUUCCGACCUUCUCUACGAGGAGGACUUUGCGGAAGCACUGGGGCGGCAUCUUGGCGCGGCCGCCAAGAGCGGAGCGGCAGUCAUCACCACGGACCCUGGUCGCCUUGAAGGGCGUGGCCAGACCGUCUUUCUCGAGAGCUUCUCCAAAGCCAUGGGAAGCCCAACACAGGUCGGCUUCCAGAAGCAGCAAAUCCCGGAUGGUGUCUUAGAUCGGGGCUUGAAAGCCAUGAAAUACGGUGGCCAAGUGGACAGAUCCGUCGGUGUCUUUGAGUUCUGCCAAGCGGUCAAAACAAGGGAGUGGGCAUGCUUGCCAUGUCAAAAGUUAGCCGAAGAGUUGGACGGCACUGGAGACUGCAAGUCCAUCGUCCUCUUUGCAAACGGCGACAAGUACAUAGGUGGUUUGCAAGCAGGGCGAAAAGAUGGCGACGGCAUGUACGUCUAUGCAGAUGGUUCUGCAUACAAGGGCCCUUGGUCCGCAGAUUCCAUGGAUGGUGAGCUGCAUCCGCUCGGAGGGGAGGCACCUCUGAGCUUGUUUUCCGAGUGCUCUCUGGACUUUCUCUGCACGCGCCGACUGUGGCAAGAAUACAAGACUAGGAUUUACCCCAAAAGUUCCAGCAGCUCUGGCAAAGAUGAGAAGAAGGCAGAGUCCAUCACGGGUAAGUUCGACCCCUCCGCCCUCGAGAGGGGAGCAGCGGCUCUCCGGGAGCUUGACACCUCUCCGAAUGCUGCCAAGGCCUUCGAGCUCACCAAGAUGGCGGAACAGACCAAGCAGCAGGAGCUGCAGAAGGAGAUCGAGCAGCAACAGACCAUGCGCCAGCAGGCGACGCUUCAACGGAAUCAGAUGGAUGCAGAGGAGAAGAGGAAGACAAUCUCACACCAGCAGGAGCAGGAAAGAAGGACGGCGGAGUACAAGGCCCGAUUGGACAGCGAGCUCUACCAGAGCAAGCUUGAGGAUCAGCAGAAGCAAAUUGAUCAGCAGCUGCACAUGCAGCACGAACAGUUUCUCCGUCAAGAAGAUAUGCGAAAGAGAAAUAACCUCGAACUGGAGGAGGAGAAGCGACGAACGCUGCAAGAGCAAGCUCGGCUGGAUCGGGAAGCAGCCAUCGGUGCGAUGGCUUCAAAGCUCUCCACGGAACAGCUUCAGCUUGCAAAAUGGCGCUUGGAACAUGGAGAGACCAUUCAAGGACGACCCUUUUACGACGAUCCAAAGUUCGUCAAGUUCUGCGAAGCAGCAAACGCAGCCGAAGCACAGUCGAAGACAGCGAAGGACGGCGCUGCUAGACUCUUCGGCGAAGAUCUGACGCCAGAGGUCGUGGAGAAGUAUCACUUCGCCUUUGUCAACGCCCAGGACGGUGACUCGGAGGCUCUGGAGGCUUGGAAGCGGUUUUGUGACAUGCUGCGUGAGACCGAAAAGAUUCUCGGUGCCAUCGAUGCACCGCUGCGGGACACAGGAGAAAGGGCGACCCAUCAUGCUGCAGAGGUCGGCCACCUUCAGAAUUUAAAGUGGCUGCAUGACAAUGGAGCCGACAUCAACGCAAUAACAGCUCCCGCUUUUUCGUUGUCAGCAGACGGCGAUGUGUCUUUGGGCCUCACCCCCGUCCACGUAGCAGCAACAUUCGGGCAAACCCAGGCGCUGGAGUUUCUGAAGUCUCUGGGCUGCGACCUGAACUUCAAGCGCGGAGACGGGGCCACAGCCCUGGAUCUGGCCCUGGAUCAGAAGCAGUCGGAAACGGCAGCUUGGUUGGAGAAAAACGGUGCUGUUCGAGGACUGGCGUGA